AUGCCGUUCCCUACCAAACCAACUCCCACACCCCCCUCCACGAACUCGUCAAGUGCUGGUCACUCCCCAGAUUACAGAGUCGUUCGGAAACGCAACCGGGUGCCGCUGUCCUGCGGGCCAUGCAGGCAUCGAAAGCUGAAAUGCAAUCGAUCCAAUCCAUGUGAAAAUUGUGUCAAACGAGGUGACGCUGCAUCGUGUAACUAUGCACAGACGACCUCGCGAAAGAGGAAUCAGCCUCAGCAAUCGUUGUCAAACUCGCCCGAUGAUAUGCAAAAUCGUAUUGACCGAUUAGAAGGAUUGGUACUUUCCUUGAUGACGAAUGGAUCUCAGUCAGCUGGGCCCUCAGCUGCCAUGGCUGCCAUCUCUGGAGAAAGCAGUGGUGGGUCGACGCGCUUCUCCCAUGAGCUCGAUAUCGACGAGGAUGAGAUGGAGGGCGCCGAGGAGAGUGAUACCGAUCAAGUUACCAAGUCGUUUGGUAUCAUGAAAGUGGACAAUAAUAAGUCCUACUACAUUAGCGAUGCCCACUGGGCUUCUGUUUUGAAUGAUAUCUCCGAGGUCAAGAAUUUCUUCACGACGCACAAGAAACAAAUGGACGAACAGAUGGAGAAGGUCAAAGCGGCUCAGCCUGCUAGUGAUGCUCCAAAUUCGACUUUGUUGUUUGGUGUCAUGAAACCCAUGAGUCGUUCCGAGAUCAUGGCUGGGUUACCCAGCAAAUAUACAACUGACCUUCUUGUAGCUCGCUACUUCAAUUCUUACGACCCUGUGACUCACAUUCUUCAUGGGCCAACCUUCCAGGCACAGUACAAUAAACAUUGGGAGGAUCCCACCAAAACGGAGCUCGUUUGGAUUGCCAUGCUUUUCGGAUUGAUGAGGCUAGCGAUGCUGUCCUAUCACCAGGAAGGUGACGAGCUUCCUGAAUUCCGUGGCAAGUCUAUGGACAUGGCUGGAGGUUUCCGUAAUUCGGUCGCAGAGUGCUUAACUUUGGCUGACUACACAAAACCACAUCCUUUCUUGAUCGAAGCGCUCAUAUUCCACCUAUAUGGUGAUCUUUCCCAGACUCGAGAGGCAGAUGUCUCUGUUUGGGUCAUGACUGGUGUCAUUGUUCGUCUCGCGAUGCGAUCAGGCUACCACCGUGACUCUAAAAUGUUCCCCAACAUCACGCCUUUCCAGGGUGAGAUGCGAAGGCGGGUUUGGACUUUGGUUCGCCAUGCCGAUCUACUGUUCUCAUUCCAAGUCGGGCUGCCGAGCAUGGUCCGCUAUUCGGAUAGUGACACUGAGCUUCCACGCAAUUUGUACGACGACGACUUCGAUGAAGACUGCAAAGAACUUCCGCCGGCCCGUCAGUUGUCUGAGCCUACCCCCAUCGCAUAUCUAAUCGCGAAGGCGCGGUUGACAUAUGCAUUCGGCCGUGUGGUUGAGCAAAGCUCCGCUGUUUCGACCGCUCCAUACGAAAAAGUAAUGGAAAUUGACGCCGAAUUGCGCCAAGCUAGGGAUCUGAUCCCAGAUCACUUGAAGAUCAGGCCCAUGGAGGAGUGCCAGGUAGAUACCAUCAAUCUCAUCAUGUCGAGAUAUUCCGUUAUGGCAGUAUAUGACAAAGCACAAUGUGUGCUACAUCGUCCAUAUCUAGUGCGCGCUCGCGAAAACCCUCGUUUCACAUUUUCGCGAAGAACUUGCAUUGACUCCGCGCUGGAGCUCCUCCGAGUGCAAGCGCUCCUGCAUGCCGAAACGCGCAAUGGCCGUCUGCGCAGUCGUUCAAGCAGGAUCACAUCCCUCAGUUCUACCGACUACCUACUCGCAGCGACAGUAGUUUGCCUCGAUCUGUCCCACAGUCUUCAGAUGCAGAAUACCGGUCGUCCAUCUGGAGAUGUCUACACGUGGGGCCGAGAACGCCGCGAGGAGAUGAUGACCGCCAUCCGUUUAACCAAAGAGAUCUGGGAUGAGACACGAGAUGUCAGCAUGGAAGCUUGGAAGGCAUCCAGCGUUUUGGGUGUCAUGCUGAGCAAGCUUCUUUUGCCAACACAAGGAAUUGAGAAUACCCCUGGUGCGGCUUUCGAACCCGCAGACGAGAAGCAAAAUGCCGCUAUGACACUCGGGUUGUUGAGCAGUGGUAUGAGCCCGAUGAAUCCUGGCACGACCCCCUUCGCGGAUCCAAUGUUCAAGAUGAGUGAUUCGCCGAUGGGGGCUGGACCUGGUGCAUCUGAAAUGCCGGGAGCGCUCUCCCCCUUUACCAGCAUGUUUGGUCAGAUGCCAGACAUGCAAGUCAAUCUUGACUGGGAUGCAUGGGAUACUUACAUUCAAAACCCAACACUCGACACAUCCAAUCCAUUCUGGCAAGCGAAUCAGCAGUCCACGGGAAUUGCUCAACCUUCGUUGUCCAGUCCUCUUGCUACAUCGCAUGUGCCACCAGUGCCAGCAUCAAAUCCUGCUGCAAACGAAUGUGAGUGUCUGAUUGUACUAUUGGGAAUUCCUGUGAUUGAGGCUUUCCUACAUGAUAUCAGCAGACACGAAACAUGGGCAAAUGCUAAUCCCGACUUCUCUUCCAGGCAUUGUUUCCGCCGGGCCGCUUCUCGGCUCCAGUUGUCAAAUGCAUCUUCGUCGUCCAUCAGAGCCUCCACUUUGAUCUCGCCAUCAAGGUGCAGCGCCCCGUCCACAUCGGUUGUUGCCGCUACCCGUUUUGCCUACCCGUCAGCCGUCCAAACACGAUGGAACUCAACCGAUGGGCCUGAAGACGGAUCUAAGAACGGUCCCAAAUUUACAUUCAAUGAGACUGUCACCCCCGAUAGAUUCUCUCGGGACCAAAGGCCCCGCGAACGCCGCAAUCGCGACUUCCUCAGCGACGGUCCUGUGCCAAAGGCGACGCUGUACAUUGGAAACCUGUUCUUUGAUGUCACAGCCGAGGAUGUACGGAAGAAUUUUGAGCAGUAUGGUAUUGUGGAAAGUGCCAUGAUCGUGCACGAUGCUCGAGGACUGAGCAAAGGAUUCGGUUACGUCACAUACACAACUGUUGAAGAAGCCACCAAUGCUAUCACCCAGCAGAAUGGCGGCAUCUUCGAAGGACGCGAGAUCGUUGUGAAUUACGCCAAUACCGUGUACAGAGCUACCCGCACUGAGCAGCACCCCAGCAAAACCCUUUACGUUGGCAACCUCCCCUACGAGCUGACAGAUGUGGACCUGCAAGAAAUUUUCGAAGAUAUUCAGGGUGUGACGGAUGUUCGCAUUCCCGUUGACCGUCGAACUGGUCUCCCACGUGGAUUCGGGCACGUGGACUUCGCUGACUUGCAGUCUGCAUCCGCUGCGAAGGAGAUGCUCAGUCGCAAGGCUCCUUAUGGCCGGAAGCUCAUCGCCAAUUUCGCAAAGCGAAGGGUUCUGACCCCAGAAAACCACGCUCGUCACGAAGAGAAGAAACUUGAGAAGAAGGGCCGAGCAUUGGAACGCAAGGCCGAUGAGCAAGGUCAGCCAACAGAAGACCAGCCAGCAGUGGCCCGUGAUAUGGAUGAGCCCGCGGCCAAGGAGUAA